AUGAGACUUGCUCCUGCUGCUGCGGUGGCGCUGCCAGUGUUGGCGGCGCAUGCUGCGCCUCUUGCUGAGCCGGUUUGCGAGAAUACCGAUGUUGUCAUUCUGGGAGCUGGAGUAGCCGGUCUUACCGCCGCACAAACCCUCCAAGACAACGGGGUGAACAAUUUUCUCGUGCUCGAAGCCAGGGGCGAGACUGGUGGCCGACUUUAUAGUCAUGAGUUCGCUGGACAUACUGUUGAGCUGGGGGCCAAUUGGGUUCACGGACCCGGGAAGGCAGACGGCAACAUCAAUCCUAUGUGGACUAUGGUUCAAAAAGCGAAUCUGAAUACGGUGGAGACCAACAACGAAGAACAUGUUCUGUACCCUGCAGACAACGUUAAGAACAUUGCCGCCGCCCUAGAAGCCGCCGGUAAUGCCACUGACAAGGUGUUUGUAGACGCCAUUAACCUCUUGCAAAACAAUCUCGAGGAUCGAACAUACAGAGCCGGUCAACGCCUUUAUGGCUGGGAUCCGCGCAAGACUGAUCCGGCUGAGCAACUGGCGGACUGGUGGUACUGGGAUUGGGGGGCUGCAUCUCCUCCAGAAAUGCACUCGGAGGAAGACAGAUUUGUCUGUGACGAACCAGGAUUCGUUUCUGCUUUGCGGAAUACCGUGAGCUCUGUUCUUGACCGUGUCCGCGUCAACAACAAAGUCACCAGUAUCAAGCACGAUCUGAGCGGGGUCACCGUGACUAGUAACAAUGGAUGCGUCAAUGCCAAAUAUGCCAUUGUGACCUUCUCCUUGGGAGUAUUGCAGAAAGGAGAUGUGAAAUUUGACCCGCCGCUGCCGGAUUGGAAGGCCCAGGGCAUCGCCGGUUUCGAGAUGGCCACGUACACCAAGAUCUUCCUCAAGUUUCCGACCAGUUUUUGGGAUAAAGAAAAAUUCAUUCUGUGGGCAGAUCCUCAUGUUCGCGGCAACUACCCAGUAUUUCAGCCGUUGGACCUGGAUGGUUUGUAUGAAGGGUCUAACAUUCUCGUGGCCACGGUGACCGGAGAGCGCGCUUACCGCGUAGAGUCGCAGGAUCCAGAGGUUACCAAGCAGGAGAUCUACGACAUACUAAGGAAAAUGUACUUUGAUAGAGAUGUGACAUAUCCGGAAGACAUCUACUUUGCGAAUUGGAGCAAAUGGGAUUGGGCCUACGGAUCCUACUCGUACUGGCCGGCAUCGACCAGUCUACAAGAGCAUCAGAAUCUCCGCGCCAAUGUCGACAGCGUCUUCUUUGCCGGCGAGGCCACUAGCCAGGAGUUCUUUGGCUACCUGCACGGAGCCUAUUACGAGGGCAAACACGUAGCCGAAUUUCUGGCUCCCUGCAUCAAAGUCAACCAAGCAGGGUGUACGGAAAAGAAGUAUGAUGUGCUGACGGGAGUUACGCCGUAUGAUUUGUAUAAUCCAGACAAUGGCUGGUAUAUCAAAGGGAAUGGUGUACCUGGCAACUGA